AGUGGCAAGAUGGCGUCACUGUUUCUAAGCGGUGGGAAAUUUGAAUGACUGUGAAACAGUAUUUUGCGUACGUCCUGAAACCACCUGUCAUCAACUUCACCAGCCACUGACUGACAUUUGAUACUCCAAGUGCGGUGGAUAGCUUGCUACAUAAUAUAUGAGGCGUAAAGUGAGACCAGUGCGAGACGUUUAUCGUUUUGUAGCCAGUGAACCACGAGGCAGUCAACACCCUCCGAUACUCACAGGAAUAGCAUUUUCAAGUUAGCUCUUCUACAUGGAGAAGGUGGAUUUAUUUUCGAAUGGAUAUUACAAAAGCAAUAGAAUUCUCAUGACAGUAAUUGGGAUAUGGCCUGAAUUGUCGUCAUUGCAGACAAUUUUUAUUCGAGUUAUUAUGUUUGCGUUGCUGUUCUCUACAAUAAUACCUCAGUACGCUUUUCUAGUUAGAAAAUGUAAUAAUUUGGAUGACAUGAUAUUUGGAAUAUCCGCACAAAUAGCUGUGUUGAUUGGAUUCUCGAAAUAUUAUUUUGUGGCAGUGAAUAUACAACGGGUAAAGACAGUUCUUGACCAAAUUCAGGAAGAUUGGCAUAUGCUCAGGAAUUCACCAGCUAUUAAUACUGUUCACAAAUACGCGGCAAAAGGACGUUUUGGAACAAGACUGUAUAUAGUCAUGAUUUUUUCAUCAGCUUCAUUCUUUUCUAUUGUCCCAUUGAAGCAAGGGAUUUUAGAUAAACUUAUGCCUCUUAAUGAAUCGAGGCCUAAAAUCUUCAUGCUGGAUGUGGACUAUACCUUGUACGGAAUUGAUGCGAAUGAGCUUUAUUAUCCCACUCUAUUCCACUCUUAUUUUACGGGCAUGAUCGUAAUGAAUAUGAUAGUAUCGGUUGAUACAUUUGUUUUGAUAAUCAUCGAACAUUGUUGUGGACUAUUCGAAUGCGUAGGAGUUCUCUUAGAAGGACUGGAACUACCUGAGUCUUCAAAUAGCCAUUGCCAAAUAAUCGACAGUGCGAUAGUCGUACAUCACCGAGCGAUUUCAUUGGCAGAAUUCAUUGAAACUUCUUUCACUAUGAUGUACGCUUUUGUCGUCUUAAUUUGCAUGAUAUUAAUCAGCAUCACAGGACUUGAAUUGGCCAUAAAAAUCGACGAAAUAGGUGAGGUGAUAAGGUUCGGAGCAUUUGUCGUUGGUCAGCUCACCCACCUCCUAUUUAUGAGUCUACCAGGCCAGAAAUUACUCGACCAUAGUGCCCGAGUGUCGGAAGCAGUUUACAGCUCUAAUUGGUGCGGUACAUCUCUUAAUGCUAGAAAAUUGAUAUCCGUCAUGUUGAUGCGAAGUAUGAAGCCACUAACAAUGACGGCUGGUGGAUUUUACAUUAUGAAUUUGGAAAAUUUUGCAAAUGUAUUGAGAACAUCGUUUUCAUAUUUCACAGUCAUAUUAUCAAACCGAUAAUCUUGGAACUUCGAUUUUAAUGAUCUCUGAGAUGAAGAUUGUAUUUUUUGACUGGCUAUUUACAUAUUGUUAUGGAUCGAAAUGGAAUUGAACGAAUAUUCUCUCUGUUAUGUUGAAUAUCGGUUAAUUAGUAUGAUAAUUCUGAAAAGCUGGAGAUUGGUCAUUAAAAUCCUGCCUAUAUUUUUUCUCAUCGAAUUGAUGAUUACUA